GACAACCCUGCCCGGGCAGCGGCAGGGGUGCCAGCCCCCCCGUGUCCGGCAGCGUCUCCCACCCCGGGGAGCCCCCGGGAAUGGCGGGGCGGGGAGCGGACCGGGGGGGAAUGUGUGUGUGUGUGUGUCCGGGAAGGUGGGAAACCUCGUUUGCAUGAGAAAGGUGGCUGGGGGAGGAGAAGGAAGGACCCAGGGCGGGGUGGGGGGGGUGAUGUACUCCUGGCCUCCCCCUCUCCUCCUCCUCCUCCCGCUCCUCCUGCCCUUGCCCGGGGUAUAACGGGAAGGCGGCGGAGCUGGCUUGUUUGAACUUUGGGACCGUUCGUGUUUGAGUUUCCGAUUGCAGCGUGAGCCGGGGAUCCUCCCCCGCCCCAGCGGCCCGCCCGCAGGCGGGAUCGGCUGCGUGCUGCUGGGCUACGAGGACAGCUGCAGCCUGGAGAGCAGCGGCAGCAGCGGGACCCGGGACGCCGAGCCCAGCGACCCCCCGACGCCCCAGCCUGCCCCCGGCGAGCUGGGCACGGGCGGGGCGAUGCUGCUGGACCUGGCCGUCAAGCGGCCCAUGGUCAGGUCCAAAAUCAAGUUCACCACUGGCACCUGCAGCGACGCUGCCCUGCAUAGCUGCGAGCUGUGUGGCAAAGGCUUUCGCCUGCAGAGGAUGCUCAACCGCCACAUCAAGUGCCACAGCCAGGUGAAGAGACACUUGUGCACCUUCUGUGGAAAAGGCUUCAACGACACCUUUGAUCUGAAGAGGCACGUCCGGACCCAUACUGGCAUCCGUCCCUACAAGUGCGAGGUGUGCAACAAGGCCUUCACGCAGCGCUGCUCGCUGGAGUCGCACCUGAAGAAGAUCCACGGUGUGCAGCAGCAGUACGCCUACAAGCAGAGGAGGGACAAGCUCUACGUGUGCGAGGACUGCGGCUACACGGGCCCCACGCAGGAGGACCUGUACCUGCACGUCAGUGGCGUGCACCCCGGCAGCGCCUUCCUGAAGAAAACCUCCAAAAAACUCGCAGCUGUUCUGCAAACCAAACUCAGCCCCGUCCUGCAGAGGAACUCCAAAGAGGACGGCAAGGACGAGUGACACCGGUGGCGCUCGGGUGGCGCUCGGCGGGAAUGAAGUUUACAUGUAGGACUACGUAUCUUAUUUUUUUAAGAACAAUUUUGAAAGAAACGCCUUUGAAAUUAAAGGGAUGCUUUCUGUUAACUGGACUUUCUUGAUUUUGGUAAAAUCUCAGCUUGACAGAAAUAUUCCCAUUUGUGAUGGAAACAUCAGACUUUUUUUUUUUUAUCUGGCCAAUAAAAACGGAAUGCUUGCAAAGGCUGUCACCUCUCGGAUGGAGUGUUUACUGAGCUGACAUUUGGGUAGCCUGUUUUCUGUUUCAGCUCUGCCACAGGUCUGAACGCCCCUGACAAAGGAGUUCACCUUUCCCCAGGUGUAUUUGUGUUUUGUAAAGUUAAUAACUGCUACCUCCCAUGCCAAUUGCCUAUGAGAGGUCUGGGUGAAAAGUGUUGGGUAAGAGCGCUGCUGGUACACUGCUCUAUGCAACAUUAAUUGAAGUGCCUUAAUAACAGGAGUGCAUUUUAUCAUCUAAUGAGUUACAAAGUGCAAACACCCUCAGCUCUGCCCCUUUGCAGUCUGCUAACAAUUUCUGGAAGUGUGACCCAAGGUGAGUUGAAAAUCUUCCCAAAGAUGCAGAACAUUUUCUUUUCAAAGUUUCUCUACUAGCAAAUGGCAUUAUUCUAGGGCAGACUUUGGUUGUGUCUUAAGUACUUGAAGCCAUGAAUUUUCUUUUAUUAUGUUGAUAUACAAGUGAAAUCUUAGCUCUGAUGUUCCUGGACUUGCUGUGCUCACUUGGAUUAUUACAUCUUUUUAACAUACACCAAUAGCAACCCAGAAACCCAAAGAAAGUAGUGUAAUUACUUGAAAUUAAGUGUUUUCUGUCAUGAUGAAAUGCAAUUUUGUGCAUAUUUUAUGGUGUGUGUGUGUUUGGGAUUUUUUUUUUUUUGUCUUUUAUAGUCAA